CUUCCUAUUAGUCAUCAACUUUUCCCACCGAACUCUGAUAGAGAGAAAUGGAAGUAGUGUGGAGAAGGAUUCUGAUGCUGAUCCUGAUACUGGUUCUGAUAUGCGCAUGGAGGAUGCUGAAUUGGUUAUGGUUCACACCCAAGAGGCUUGAAAGGCUUCUAAGAGAGCAAGGUCUUCAAGGCAAUCCAUAUACCCUUUUCGUUGGAGACACCAAUGAAUUUGUGAACAUGAGAAAGGAAACCUACUCCAAACCCAUGAAUCUCUUCUCACACGACAUAGUGCCACGUGUGUUUUCCUUUUUCCAUCAUAGUAUCAACACACAUGGUAAAAAUUCUUUUAUUUGGUUUGGACCGGCACCAAGGGUGACCCUAACUGAUCCUGAGCUAAUCAAAGAAGUAUUCAACAAGUCUAAUGACUUCGAAAAGAUUACCAUGAAUCCACAAGUCAGGUUACUAGCUCCUGGCCUUGUAAGCCUCGAGGGAGAAAAGUGGAGCAAGCACAGAAAGAUAAUCAAUCCUGCUUUCAACUUAGAGAAGUUGAAGGAUAUGUUACCACUAUUCAUCAAAUGUUGUGAUGAUCUGAUUAGCAAAUGGGAGAAAAUGUUGUCUUUCAAUGGAUCAAGUGAAAUAGACGUAUGGCCUUUCCUUCAGACAUUGGCUAGUGACGCAAUUUCUCGAACAGCAUUUGGAAGUAGUUAUGAAGAAGGACGAAGAAUAUUUCAACUUCUAAAAGAGCAAACUCAACUAACAGUGCAACUUAUGUUGAAAGUUUACAUCCCUGGAUGGAGAUUUGUACCCACUGCUACCCAUAGAAGGAUGAAGGCAAUUGACAGGGAAAUAAAUGCUUCGCUUAUGGAUAUUAUUAAUAACAGAGAGGAAGCACUAAAGGAGGGUGAAUCCACUAAACAUGACUUGUUAGAUAUACUUCUGGAGUCAAAUCACAAGGAAAUUCAAGAACAUGGAAACAAUAAGAAUGUUGGAAUGAAUAUUGAAGAUGUUAUUGCAGAAUGCAAAUUAUUUUACUUUGCAGGGCAGGAGACCACUUCAUCUUUGCUUGUUUGGACAAUGAUAUUAUUGAGUAUGUACCCUGAUUGGCAAACACGUGCAAGGGAGGAAGUCUUACAAGUUUUUUCCAAUCGAAAACCAGAUUUUGAUGGAUUGAAUCACCUUAAGAUUGUUACCAUGAUUUUGAAUGAGGUUUUCAGGCUAUACUCACCAGUAAUUGGUCUUGCUCGAAAAGUUCGUAAAGAUGUGAAACUUGGAAAUCUAUCAUUAGUCGCAGGAAUGCAAAUUUCCAUGCCAACAAUUUUGGUUCAUCAUGAUUGUGAGCUCUGGGGUGAUGAUGCUAAAGAGUUCAAACCUGAGAGAUUUGCUGAAGGAGUUGUAAAGGCCACAAAUGGAAGAGCUUCACUAAUUCCCUUUGGCGGUGGUCCUAGGAUAUGCAUUGGACAAAACUUCUCCUUGUUGGAAGCAAAGAUUGCUUUGUCAAUGAUUUUACAACGUUUCUCGUUUGAACUCUCUUCGACCUAUACUCAUGCUCCAAUUACUGUGAUUACUCUUCAACCCCAAUAUGGUGCUCAUCUCAUUCUUCGUAAAGUGGAAAUAUAAAUAAUAAUGAUUUGGUACUGUUUGGUUCAUAUUUUACUCUUGACAAACUUAUAAUGUAAUAAUAUAUCAAGAAAUUUGAUAGCGACCAACCUUUUCAAGCUAGUGUUAUUUGUACGUAUUCAUCAAGGUUUUAAAUUACAAUUACAGCAGUCUUAAACUGGAGCUGUUGAUAUUGACUUAGAAAUUAAAUCUAUAAAAGGUGCUCGUAGUCUACUUUGUUGAUCA